CUCGCCAUCCUCUCAUCACUUGCAUCUAGAUCAGAAUGGAGAACGUGAUUUCGCAGCCACACGUUCCAGGUGAUGAAGUGGUGAUUCGCAAGUCUGCAAGCUACCAUCCCACCGUUUGGGUGAUUACUUUAUCUUACAGGCCGAGUCCUCCCCCAGUACACAGGCAUGUAUAUACACAUAUAUCUCACUUAUGUUCUAAGUUUUAGGCAAGAAACUCUCCGAGAACGAAUGGUGUUAAUGUUUCAUUAACAUGAAAAAUGUGCGCUUGCUACUUUCUUUCGGUUUUGUUGGUUGAACAAUUAAUUGCUAUGCUAUGGUGGAUGCAGGAGUGCGAUGCAAGGAUGCAAGAGAGAGCCGAAGAACUGAUGGAGCAGGUAAGAAGCAUGUUCAAAGACACUACCGACAUCUUGCAAACUAUGGACUUGGUCGAUUCAAUUCAGCUUCUUGGUUUGAGUUAUCACUUCAAGAAAGAAAUAAGUGAAGCAUUAAAACGAGUCCAUGAUGCCGAUUUUAACGAUCAUGGUCUCUACGAUACUGCUCUCCGGUUUCGCCUGCUGAGACAAGAAGGGUAUCAUGUGACCCCUGAUGUUUUUAACAAGUUCAAAGAUGAGGGAGGGAGUUUCAUGUCUACCUUGGGGAGUGACGUGAAAGGACUGUUAAGCUUGUACAACGCAGCCUAUCUUGGGACUCAUGGGGAGAUCAUUCUUGAUGAAGCCAUCUCUUUUACGAGGAAUAGCCUAGUGUCUGCAUUAGCUGAUCUUAAACCACCAUUAACAACGCAAGUGUCUCUUGACCUCGAGACACCUCUCUGUAGGAGAAUUAGAAGGCUCUUGGCAAGAGAUUACAUAUCUAUAUACCAAGAGGACGCCACACGAGAUGAUGCCAUCCUGGAGCUUGCAAAGUUGGACUUCAAUUUGCUGCAAUCUCUUCAUCGCGAGGAACUUAAGAACAUCACCAUGUGGUGGAAUGAUUUAGUCUCCUCAAAAAAUCUCAGUUUUGCUCGAGAUCGAUUGGUGGAAUGCUAUUUCUGGAUCCUGGCAAUAUACUUUGAACCCUAUUAUUCUCGUGCACGAGUGAUAACGACCAAGGUGAUUGCCCAUAUUUCAAUUUUGGACGACAUAUAUGAUGUCUAUAGCACAUUGGAGGAGAGUCAACGACUAACUGAGGCAAUUCAAAGGUGGGAUGCGAAGGUUGUUCAUCAAUUACCAGAGUAUAUGAAGGAUUAUUAUCUAAAGCUAAUCCACACCUUUGAAGAGUUUGAAGAUUUAUUGGCUUCCGGUGAAAAAUAUCGCAUAACCUAUCUGAAGGAAGCGAUGAAAGAUUUAUCUGAAGCUUAUUUUGAGGAAUCCAAAUGGAGAGAUCAACAUUACGUGCCAACAUUGGAAGAACAUCUACAUGUUUCCCUCAUAAGUUCAGCAUAUCCUAUGCUCGAAUGUGCUUCUUUUGUUGGAAUGGGAGAAAUAGCAACUAAGGAGGCAUUUGAGUGGAUUACUAGUUUCCCAAAGAUUGUCCGAGCUUCUGCAAUAAUUGUUCGUAUCAUGAAUGACAUUACUUCACAUGAGUUGGAACAAACUAGGGAACAUGUUGCCUCCACAGUCCAAUGCUACAUGAAAGAGUACGGAACAGAUGUGCAUGUGGCAUGUAAGAAACUCCAAGGUCUAGUUGACGAUGCAUGGAAGGAGAUAAAUGAAGAGUGCCUCAAUCCGACAUUCUCCAUUGCUUUACUUGAAAGGAUUAUUAAUUAUUCACGAAUAUCAGAAAAUACUUAUAAGUACAUUGAUGGAUACACCAACUCCUCUACGAAGACGAAGGAAUAUAUCUCUUUGUUACUCGUACAUCCUAUUCCACUUUGAUUGUAUGACGAUUGCUUGCUUCUUCUAUGAAUCCUUUAUUCUGAAAUAUAUGUAAGCCUUUGUAAAUGAACAUGGAUUGUACUAUGCUUGCUUCUUCUACGAAUUCUUUAUUCUGAAAUAUAUGUAAGCCUUUGUAAAUGUACGUGUAUUGUACUAUGCUUGCUUCAUCUAUGAAUCCUUUAUUCUGAAAUA